GAUUUGGUUCUCAUGACGACGAAAUCUUCUUCCUCAGAAUUUCUAAACAAUAAUACACCGAUCAAGAAUUCCAAUUCCAGUUCUUCCAGAUAUCUUCCAACAGUUUGUUUAGCAGAUUGGUGGUUGCUGAAAUCUGAAGAUGGAAAGAGAUUAUGCAUUGGAGGUUUUGUCUUAUCAGAUAAUCGAGCUAAGCGAGUAUUUUCCUCUGCACCAAUUAUCAAGCGACAUAGUUUAAUGUCUCUUAAGUCAGCUGAUGGGAUCAACAUUUUGAUUCAAGGCCCUAUCAAUAAUUCUCGUUCUCAGGAAAAUGGGUUUUCCUCAGAGGUUUGCAGUCGUUUCAUUGUGGGGUUUCCAUUCGGCUGGGAGGAUGUUGCUGAUAUAUGCUUUGGCCAAGAAUCUGCUGGUGAUUGUGCUCCAGCUAGUAUGUCCUCCUUUGAUGAGUCAAAAGAAGUGCUGUCUUCUCUGUCCAACAAGAAUAUGUUCACCAACAUGAAAAGUGAAGAACCGAAAAAUCUUAGUUGCAGUUAUGAUACUGGUGUGGGUGAAGUUAUAAAAGAUGCUCCAGCAUCUACAAGUUCUGAUGUGAAAAAUGCUGAUCCAAAUGAUGCCUGUGUUGUUGUUCCAGUGGGCAUCCUGAGUACAAAGUUGGCUAAAGCCAAAGGUGUAGUUACGAAAGGUAAAGCAGGUCGCAAAAAGAAGAAAAUAACAAAUUCCCAUUCCAUUUCUGGGUCUCCUGGCCAUGGAGUUGUACAAGAGGAUGCAAGUCAUGGUUCUGUAGGAAAGUUGGAAAGAUCUAUGACAGAAACACCCAUUGCUGCCAGUCCUUUUGUGUCAGAAAAAUCUGGAAGUUGCAAUUCUCAUACCAUGGAGGAGUCUACUCUGCAGAGACUUCCUAAAGCUUGCUUGAUUGAAGUGGGUUUAGAUACUUUAAAAAUGGCUCCAGUUGAAGUUGUUGCAUCAAGAACUAGCAGUAGUUCGAAUAACAUAGAAGUCGAAGGGAAUAAGAAUAGAGUGCCAAAUUGUUGCGAUAGAAUGUCAGUAGUAUCCCUGGUCCAGGAUUGGAGGCUUUUCAGACACCACAAAAAAAGUUCUUGGUUAAAAACUGUGUUUCGGAUCCUUCUAGCUGUAAUAUUGACAGUGUAAAUGAAAUUAUGAGUUCAUCUAAGGGCAGAAGAGCAUCUAGCAGAAUCAAAAUACUGGGAAACAAUUUGAAAGACGACCAACCCACCAACAGUAAGAUUCAGCUUGAAAGAGAAAAAGUUAACUUUGUUUCCGUGGGUUCUGAUUCUGUAAAUAAUAAGGUAACAAGUGCUGAUGGUGAACUAGGUGGCACAAGUACUCCUAAUCAGCCCAGUGUUCAACUGCAGGGGACUCCUGGAAAACCACCUCAUGAUCAUUAUUCUAAAGAUGGGCUUCAGACAGAUUUUGUGCAUUACACUGUCCCUACUGGAGCUGUAGAAAAAAAUAACUCCGGAAGUGGUAUUGAUGGUACAGAAAGUCGUGAGCUGAGAAAAACUUGCACAUCUCUCUAUAAGGUUGGUGAUGUGAAGGAUGCAAGUAACCUGGUGUCAAAGGAAAGUGAAGUAAGUAAACGUAGCCAACUGGAUAUGUCAGGCAGUACAACGAUGAAGGAAAAAGUACCUACACUGCCUUCUUCUAACACUAAAAGGAAGAAAGAAUCUUCAACUACCCAAAACCGUCCUAAUCUUAAUCUCAAACGAACAAGAUCUGGGAGACUACGUUUACAUCCAGUAGAGUUAUGGUGAAACCAACAAGUCCCGUAUGAUAAGGUAUGUGAUAUGUGAUACGUACAUGCUCAGAAUUACAGUUUAUAUUGGGAACUCUCUUUUUUACCCAACACUGUAUCCCUCACUGAAUUCCAUUUUACUAAUCACCUUUUACUAUUUAGUUCUCCCCUGUGGUUGCUCAAAGUCACAUCUUCAAGUGAUUCCCCUUCUUUGCCAACUUUCUGUUUUUGUUCACAUUAGUUGUUUCUUGUUGGAACCGUCUUCCUUUUAAUGGGAGAGCUGAAUGACAAACUUUCUUCUGUGUUAUAUGCUCUUGUAAAUUCUUUCCGGACUCUCAUCAGUAUAUGAAUGGUGAGUAUAUGC